AUGCACGUUCUAGUGCAGUCAUAUCUCCAAACGGAUACAUCCCCAAUUCACAACAUUUCCCCCGAAUCCCUUGCCAUACGUCUCUUGGAUUCCUCCAUCAAGUUCGGAGAGUGGCAGUCAGUGAUGCAACCUCAACUAUUACCACAUGUCAAACUCGUACCAAAGGGCAAGACGCUCGAUCCUGGCGCACAUGGAGAUUUCGCCAAAGUUCUUCAGCAAGCUGGCGAAUACCAAGCAGCGCUGAUACAAGUACAAAUCGCGGUCAAAGGCUGGGAGAACAAACUCGGUGAAAGACAUGGGCAGACGCUUGCCGCCAUGCAGAACAUGGCGUGCUUGCUCGAUUUCUCGGGCCGUAUCGAAGAGUCGCUUGAGCUGAAUUGGAAAAUUCUAGAGCUCAGGAAACGGCACUCUCCCCAAGAUCACCCGAGUACUCUGCUUUGCAUGAGCGCCAUCUCGCAAGCACUCACAAAUCUCGGAAGACAUGAGGAGGCGGCGAAGAUGGCCGAAGAGGCACUCGAGGCACAGAAAAAGGUCUUGGGAUUAACCCAUGCCGAGACUCUGAUGACCAUGACCCGUUUGGGGUGGACCUACGAUAACCUUGGUCAUCAUACACGAGCUCUGGAUAUCAAGAUGGAAGCGCUGGAGACGAGUAAGCGCAUGUACAGCGAAGAUCACAUUGCGACGCUCAAGGCCAUGGGAGGCGUCGGCAUUUCCCUUUGCAAGCUUGGUCGCUUUGAGGACGCGUACAAGUUGCAAAAACGGAUCGUCGACCUGCGGGAGAGGAAGCUCCGAAUCGAUCACCCCGAUACGAUUUCGUCCAUGAGCAACUUGAGCACGACUUUACUUGACAUGGGCCGGCGCGAAGAAGCGCUUGAAAUGUGUAGCAAAGUCGUGUCGCUCAGUAAGAAGCAUCUGGGUGAAACCCACCCGCGAACUUUGAGAGCGAGCUAUCAGCUCCUCUUUGCAUAUGACAAGUUUCGGAUGGAGGACGAGAUGCGCCGGUCGCUGGGACCUAUAUUGACGCUACACGAGAGUGUACAUGGUCGUGAUCAUCGGCACACGAUACAGAUCCGUCGAUGGGAGCAGAAAAUGGCUGCGCGGAGCGCGGGACCGAUUGACUAA